CCGUCCUAGAGUAGAAAACAUAUCAUAAAUUGUGACUGCAACUUAACAACUGCAACUGCAUCUACUUUCAGUUUAGUGUAACUGUAACUUUGAUUAAUUUACUUUCAGUUUGACAUCGACAAGUCAUCAACACGGAUUUGAAAACAUGGCUGAUGCAGUAAAUGAGACUUUGCAAAAUGUUGCACAAAAUGCAACUUCAAAAACUCCUCCAUCGAUACAAGGGAUGUGGUUAGCUUAUUCAAGCUUAGUUAUUAUGGCUUGUGUUCCAAUUUUUUUUGGAGCUUUUCGAUCUGUCAUAUAUUUAAAGAAACAGAAAGACUCUGGAGAGAAACCAGAAACGAUGUCUAAAAAAGACGCAGCCAUGUUUCCACUCAUUGCUAGUUGUGCUCUUCUAGGAUUAUAUAUAUUUUUUAAAAUUUUUUCCAAGGAGUACAUUAAUUUAUUGGUCACUAUGUAUUUCUUCAGUUUGGGUGUCCUGGCUCUAACGCACAUUUUAAGCCCCCUCAUAUCAAAAUUUCUUCCUAAGGGUUACGAAGCUCAACAUCAUGUAGUUUACACAAGAGGAACAGAAGCUGAAAAAGAAGAAUUAGUGAACUUCACUUUUAGCACAGCUAAUCUUGUUGCUGUUGGUUUGUGUUCGGUGGUUGGUGGAAUUUAUAUAUGGAACAAGCAUUGGGUUGUAAACAAUAUCUUUGGAUUGGCAUUUGCUUUGAAUGGUGUUGAGUUUCUUCAUUUGAAUAAUAUAAUCAUUGGCUGUACUCUGUUGGGAGGUUUAUUCAUUUAUGACAUAUUUUGGGUGUUUGCUACUGAUGUUAUGGUUACAGUUGCAAAGUCAUUUGAAGCCCCAAUCAAAUUGGUCUUCCCACAAGAUAUUUUAGAAAAUUGGUUGCAUGGUAGCAAUUUCGCAAUGCUUGGACUUGGGGAUGUGGUUAUUCCUGGAAUCUUUAUUGCUCUCCUUUUACGGUUUGACCUAAGUCUUAAACGUGGCCAAUUGCUCUAUUUCUAUUCAAGUUUUGUAGCAUAUUUCUUAGGACUUGUGCUUACCAUCGUCAUCAUGUCGUAUUUCAAACAUGCUCAGCCAGCUUUAUUAUAUCUAGUACCUGCCUGCAUUGGUGUUCCAGGCCUUGUUGCUGUUCUCAAAGGAGAUUUGAAAGCUCUCUUGAGUUAUGCAGACCACCCUGAGGAAGAAGAGACACCAAAAAAAUCACAAAAAGAAGAAGAUGCAUCAAAAAAGGCACCAAAAGAAGAAACUGAACAAAAAGAGUACAACUUAAGAAAUUCUAGUCGCAAAGAAGUAAAAAAAGAACAAUGAUUUUAUAAAAAGAUUCAUGUUGCGUAAGGUGUAUUUAUUGCAACCUUAUGUUUGUGAUUGUGUUCAUAUACAUGAGACACAUAAAGUAUUUCCAUUUUUUUUUUGUUAUUUGAAAUUGUAUCAUGAGCUUCCAAAAGCAUGUUGUUUUUUUUUUUAAUUUUUAUUGGCAGUGAUGUGCGAAAGGGGAGUCCAAGGGGACAUUAGCAAAUUUUUAAAUUAGACUUAUUUUCUGCAAACAACAAAUUUGUAAACUAUAUAUGUAUCAAACUAAACUAUGCAAAUGAAUUAUAAGUAUACUAUGUAUCAAAUGAAUUAGAAAUAUAUUUUAAACAUUUUAUAAUUCAUUUUAAAUGGUAAAAUAGCUGUUCAGCAAUGAAUGAAAUCAGUUAGGUUCUUAAGACAUUUUCUUCCAGCUUCUAUUCUCAAAAGUAUUGGACCUUAACAUUCUUUAACUUGAAAUACUAUAAUAAUUAAAAUUUGCCUUAUACAGUAAGCAGGAUGUUCACUACUUCUAUAUUAUAAUUUUUUUUUUUUUUUACUAAACUUUAAAUCUAUUACUAUUAUUCUUAUAACAUUACACUUUUUAUGUUUUCAUCAAUAUUGAUAUUAUAUUGCUGAAAAGGAAGGUUGCAGUAAUAAAUAAUUUUUACCUCAGAAUAAUUUCUACUUGAAUCCAUUAUACUUUUCAUUAGUGAAUAUAUUCUACUGAUUUGUUGCGUUAUUAUUUAAAUAGGUCUUUCACCCUUCCAGUGAUAUCCCUCUUUCCAGGGGCGUCUAACCCAGGAGUUUGCCCCUGACAUUAAUUAUUGGUAAUGUUUUCAAAUUGUCUACAGAAUUAGAACCAUCUGCAAAUAUAAUUUCAAAUAUUCAUUCCCUUUUAAAAAAAAGGUCCUUUAUUUCCUACACAAAGCUAUUUUUUUACUCUUUUUAAUUAAGUUUUUCUUGUUAGAUCAAUUUUUGUUUUAAAAGUGAUCUUGUCAUGUGAGCAUUAUACUCUGCCAUUUAAACAUGAAACUUAUAUCAUUUUUAUAAAUAUGAGACAGUUACAUUUAAAUUUAUGUAUGGUAUUUUUUGUAAGAAAUAUGUUAGUACUUAAAAAAGUUUAAAAAAAAAAAAUCAGUUUCUUACAAUUUUUGCCACCUUUUUGUAAUAAAAUUCCGUUAAAAUAGCUUUGUUUAUUUUAAGAUAGUAGGACUAAUUAAUUCUAAAUUUAAAGUUGUCUUUGUAAAAUUAUUAAAUUUUAUUGCAUAGCUAAAUAUUUGUGACGCACAUUGCAUCCGCAGCAACAUAAAUUUAUUUUGAUACUUUUUUCUGUGCUGCUUUGUUUAUUUGCAUUUCCCGAGUGUGAUAUUCAUAUUAAAUUAUAGUUGUUAAAAGUUAAAUAUCAUUCCCAAUUUUUCUUAAUCCUAUAAAUGUUAUGUUAUUGGCAUAAAUGUAAAACAAAACCAUUUUUGUAAUAAAGAACCUUUGAGUGGAUAUUU